GGAUAAUCCCUAUUGUGGUUAGCUUCACACAUAGUCGUAUGAGUUCUACAAUAGGGAAGGGCAUGGUAACAUGGACUGGAGUUUGACAGGGUGACAUACUGUAGAGAGGUCUGUAGCGAUGGAGGAUUUCUGGGUGGUGGUCCUGGCAGGGCUGAAGGUGUGGGUCUACCUCAUUGUGGCUCUUCUCAUGGUGCCUGCCAUGUUUGGCUUCUCCCUGGGCAUCUCUGAGACAUACAUGAAGAUCCUGGUCAAAACCCUUGAGUGGGCCACGUUGAGGAUCCAGACAGUCAACAAAGAGCAGCAUAUAAUCGAAUCCUCCUCAUCCAACGGCCUCAUCCAGAGGGAUGAUGGUUCUAUGGAGGAGGCGCUUGGGGAGUUGAGGCGCAGUCGCCCUAAACCACCAGUAGGAGGGGACUUCACACUCAGCGACUGUUUCUACUUCUACAGACGAGGCAUCGAGGACAUCGUAGAGGAUGAGGUGACCCAGCGGUUUUCGUCAGAGGAGCUGGUGUCGUGGAACCUGCUAACUCGCACCAACAUCGACUUCCAGUACAUCAGCCUCAAACUGACUAUGGUCUGGGGCCUGGGCGUGUUCAUACGCUACUGCAUCCUGGCUCCACUCAGGAUCACGCUGGCAUCUAUAGGCCUGACCUGGCUGGUGAUAGGAACCACUGCUGUAGGAUUCCUCCCCAACUGGAGGCUGAAGUCCUGGCUGAGCGAUUGGGUCCAUGUGAUGUGCUACAGGAUCUGUGCCCGAGGCCUCUCCUGCACCAUCCACUACUAUAACAAAGAAAACAGACCCAGAAAAGGAGGAAUCUGUGUGGCCAAUCACACCUCCCCGAUUGAUAUCGUAAUUCUCUGCAACGAUGGGUGUUACGCCAUGGUGGGCCAGUCACAUGGUGGUCUGAUGGGAGUGCUGCAGAGGGCCAUGGCCAGGUCCUGUCCUCACAUCUGGUUUGAGAGAGCUGAUAUGAAAGAUCGCCACCUGGUGGCCAAGAGGUUGACGGAUCACGUGAAUGACAACACAAAGCUUCCUAUAUUGAUCUUUCCAGAAGCAAGCAGUUGCUUAUCAACAGAUGGUCAUGCUAACAACAAACUAUCUGUAGAGCAUCUACAGAUGGAAAAUCCGGACUAUCCGAAUCGUACAUUUGUAUUUUCCAACGGGGCUAUACAUUUGGGUGAGUUUUUUUUUUCUUUCUCACCUGAGUAGCCUAGUUUGACUGCCAAAAAUCAAUUUAAACCAUCUAGUGUUCAGCGAAAUAACAAUACAAUGUCAAAUACGGGUAGUCUUGUCAAAUAAUGAACAUCCAAUCACGUUCGCCGUUACUCUCUCACGGGAAACAUUCACUCUUGCGCAGACAUUUAGAAACGAAACAUGACCAUUUGAAAAAUAAGCCACAGGAUUUUUUAAUCAAACAUAAAGACGUUUGAGUAGUAAUACAUGUAUAAAAGAAACAGAUACAAUUAAUAAGAAGGGGAUAGAAGCGUCUUAUAUGGUGAGCUACCGAGUGGCUAGGACAGGCAAGACCCAUGCUAUUGUGGAGGACUUAAUUCUUCCUGCUGCCUUCGAUAUGGCAGAGACAAUGUUGGGAGAAAAGGCCAAAAAAACUAUACAGACAAUGUCUCAAUCAAACAACACUGUUUCACGAUGCAUCAGUGACAUGGCAGGAGAUGUUUUGAAACAAGUGGUGAUUCGCAUACAAGCCAGUGAAUUACAUGCGUUUCAGCUGGAUGAGUCAACAGAGGUGGAGGCCUGGCACAUCUCCUGGUAUAUGUCCGUUACGUUUAUGGGGGGUCAAUUAAGGAAGACAUCCUCUUCUGGAAACCAGGACAACAUCAGAGGAUAUUGUUAAAGUACUGGACAGCUUUUUGACAUCAAAUUGAAUUUGGUGGUCAAGAUGUUGGUAACUGUACUGAUGGUGCAAAAUCCAUGACAGGAAGACAUAGUGGAGUGGUAACGCACGUGCAAGCAGUUGCUUCCGACGCCUCUUGGGUGCACUGCAGCAUCCACCGAGAGGCUCUUGGGUGCACUGCAGCAUCCACCGAGAGGCUCUUGGGUACACUGCAGCAUCCACCGAGAGGCUCUUGCUGCCAAGGGAAUGCCUGACAGCUCGAAAGAUUUUUUGGACACUACAGUGAAAAUGGUUAACUUUGUUAAAGCAAGGCCCCUGAACUCUUGUGUAUUUUCUGCAUUAUGCAAUGAUAUGGGUAGCGACCAUGUAACGCUUUAACAACAUACUGAAGUGUGCUGGUUUUCAAGGGGCAAUGUAUUGACACGUUUUUUUUUUUUAAAUUGAGAGACGAGUUUAAAGUUUUCUUUACUGACCAUAAUUUUCACUUGUCUGACCUCUUGCAUGAUGACGAAUUUCACACACGACUGGCCUAUCUGGGUGAUGUCUUUUCUCGCCUGAAUGAUCUGAAUCUAGGAUUACAUGGACUCUCUGCAACUAUAUUCAAUGUGCGGGACAACAUUGAGGCUAUGAUUAAGAAGUUGGAGCUCUUUUCUGUCUCCAUUAACAAGGACAACACACAGGUCUUUCCAUCAUUGUAUGAUUUUUUUGAGUGCAAAUGAAUUCAAGCUUACGGACAAUGUCAAAUGUGAUAUAUCGAAGCACCUGAUUAAGCUGGGUGCGCCAUUACGCAGAUACUUUCCUGAAACAGACGACACAUACCACUGGAUUCUCUAUACCUUUCAUGCCCUGCCUCUAGUCCACUUACCGAUAUCUGAAAUCAGCCUGUGAAAAUUUAAUCAGAAGCCACUGCCAGAUUUCUGGAUACUAUGCUCAGAGUUUCUUGCCUUGGCAAAUUGCGCUGUUAAGACAUGUACAUAUGUGAGAGUGGAUUCUCAGAUCUCACUAGCAUGAAAACUAAAUACAGGCACAGACUGUGUGUGGAAAAUGAUUUAAGACUGAGACUUCAAUACAACUCAACAUUGCAGAGUUAUGAGCAUCUUUUCAAGCACGCCAUUCUCAUUAACCUGUGGUGAGUUAUUCACCAUUUUUUGAUGAACAAAUAAAGUUUUAUGUGUAAGAUGGCUAAAUAAAGAGCAAAAUGAUUAUUGUUA